GGCAAAAGGUCAUGCAUAAGUUAAUGAUGUCGAGUCUUCAUCUUCAUCAUGGAUAAAGGUAAAAGACCAAAGAAGCCAUCAGGUGCCCAGUUCAGAAAAAGAAGAAAAGAAGAAGAGGAGAAACGGGCAAAAGAUAAAGGUUUGCAGAUUUCUAGUGUGACGUGAGGGACAGGCUAUAGGCUAUUUAUUAGCCUCUUGCUAAUAUGUUGCUAUUAGCCACAGAAGACAACUGUGUCGCUGAAUUUGGUUUUUAGUUUUGCUAACUAUUAGAAUUGAGGCAUCAUGUCAUGCAACUUAUUUUACCCAUAGGCAACCUAGUCUAGUUUGUGUUUGCAACACAAAGAAACUUAAGUGAGAGCCGGGUUCCUACCAUGCUCCUCAAAGUUGCUUAGUGCCAGAGAAAGAGAUACAGACCCCCUCAGACCACGACAGAGGUGUCAUUCAACUUGUUGUAAAUCGAUGUAUCAUCCCAGUCAAGUAGCCUAUUAGAUUGCACUUCACACCUGUUGGUAAUGUCAAUGCCAGUCGUAAACAGGGUGAAAAACCCAGGGUGAAAAAUUUGCUACAGUCUGAGCACUGAAUUCAGAUUAUGUUAAUUAUCUGCUGUUUCUCUAUGAACAAAACUGGUGUGUUAUCAUAACUGGAACUAUUCAGAGAUGGUAUUAGGAUGAUGCAAAACAAAACUCGUAUGUAAAAUACAAUAUAGUUUACUGCACGAAUCUUUUUUUAAUGCUCCACAGAGUAGUUUUAUUUGUUGUUGUUUUUUUUAGCUUUCUUCAGGGAUUUUUCAAGCAUGGUUAUUAGAUCCUGUGGAAUCCUUGUGCAAUUUACAUUGGUGUUUAUAUACUGUAUUUAUUGCAAGGGAUGGUUCGCCCAGGGCGUAAAUCCAGCCAGGACCGCCUCUGGGUACGUGACUGAAUGAGGUCGUUUUCUGUCGGGGUUGGCUUGCCAUACCUGAACGCUAUGCCGUUCCACCUGAACGGCAAGUGCCGUUCCAGAAUGUCAUGUGCCAUGGUAUAUCAGUGGUCGCGUUGGCACAUGCCACAGUCCAAUAAACGAUCUCUGCGCUACUGCACAGUGCUGCGGCACGCCCGGAGACCAACUCCAGGUCUAUUGCCCAGAUGCCAAAUGUAAUGGGCACCGGCAGGAGUAACCGAGCAGCGAGAAAAUAUGUAUUUUAGUGCGGGUGGAAACCCACGUGUACACGGGUAUAACAUACUCCACUAUGAGAGGUAGUUAUUAUCAGAGUUUGUCUAUGUUCCACCUGACUGCUUGGAUAUGCUAAGCGUUCACUUGGGCGGGACUUUGAUUGAUAUGGGAUCGCGUCUAGAGAGGGAGGGACUUUCAAUAGAGGGAUAUCGUUUCCGUUAAAUGCUUCGUGUAUUGUUAAAGCAAAGUUUCGUAAAAACUCAAUAUCUAAUCUAUUUUACUUUUUAACCUUAUGUAUUUGCUAUCCUUAAAGAUUUAUUCUGCUACUCGUUCGGGUGACUGUAAACCGGUGUACACAGCUCAGCGCAAGAAAUAGACCGGAAAUUGUGUUGCGGUAUACCGGGAUAACGUUACAAUACAGAGUCCUCUCUAACCGUGGAUUGUUGCUCUCUUGUGGCUCGCUCGCCUCAACGUGACUUCUUCCAUGUUAUAUUGGAGCAGGUAUUGAACCAGCCGCAUUCACAGAUCGGCACCCUAACCGUCACCAUGCUCUCUCACUCUCACCCCUCACACCCACUUCAGCUCUCUCUCAGCUCCCUCUCCAGGAUGGCUGUUCCACCACCUGACGCCCCCCCCUCUCUCCAAAGCAGGCAUUUCAACCCACCAACAUAUGGCCUGGAGCAGAAGCUGAACCAGCUCUUGCAGCAGGCCCUCAGGGAACUCAAUCUACCUGAAACACAGGACCUACUACCGGGUGUGGAGCACUCGGAUCAGUGCCUGUGUGUUCUGGGAUCCCCUCUGCCAUACCUCUCCAUGCUGCUGGAGGCAGGCCAGCGCACCCAAGGAGAUGCUCUGCUCUGUCUCUCGCCAUCAUGGCUGUCACGCUCCUCCUCUUCCUCCCUCCUGGUGCACAAGGCUGUCACCUUUGACCUCGGGGGCCGCACCUUCAUCUCAAACUUCAGCCCUCCUCGAAAGGUCACCUACUUCCUGUCAUGUGACCCUUAUUCGAAUGAGGAAGUCACCUUUGAGACAGACUGCCCGAUAGGGAGUUCUGGACCGCUGGGGAGGUUUUGGGGUGAUGUCCUGACAUCCAGGGUUCUGCUGCAGAAAGCUAGCCUCAACACACCCCCCACCCUGGCACUUCUGAACCCCUCAGCAGACACGCCCUUGGAGGAAGGCGUCGUGGGAGCCGUAGAACUGGUCCUCCUCGGAAAAACGCUGAAAAGCAACCUCGACUUGAUCAGAAAUAAGGUUUUCUCCUUCCUGGAAUCCAAAGCUGUGAGGCAUGCCGACAAGGUUGUGUUGAGGCGCAGUGGAGGCCGGUUUGUGGACUGGGCGGCCUCCUCAAAGCCGGUGUAUCUCUCACUGGACAUCACGGAGGAGGUGUGGGCCUACGUGGUCAAGCUCCUGCCGGGGCUGCUCCCUGGAGAGGCAGCCCUUCUGGAGGGCUUCUGCCCUCCCCUGAAGCCCCAGGCCACCCUGGAGGUUCGCACCUGGGAGGAGUAUGCGGGUGGCCCGCCUCCCAUCCCUGACCUGUCCUUCAGAUUGUGUGCUGUGGUUACCCGCUCCCCACAAGACAUCCCUCUCAUCUACAAGUUGGUGUGUAGAGUGGGCGCCUCGGACUCUCCUCUCUCCCACCAUCAGUCUUUGUGUCAGUCCCUGGAGACCACCUUGAGUGAAUGCGGCUUUACUGACCCUAUGUUCGCUGUCUCGCUCCGUCACUUAGCAACCAAGACUGCCCUGGACUGUCUCCGCCUCGUCAUGGAGACAGAGUCCGACAUGUCCUCUGAAAAACGAGGAGGCGUCAAUGCGCAGACUGACAUGAUUGGUGUAGACUUGCUCUUCACAUCUGACGGAGCCACUAUCAAACCUGUGGUCCUGGGCUUCCAUCCAAGCCUCUGCCUUCACUCCUCUUACACAGAGCAAGAGUGGGAAAUCCAGCCAAGCGGCAGUGAGAUGGAGGCGUGUCGCGGGACGCUCCUCCUCACCCCCUUCAUUCGCUCCCAGCGCUAUCUGAUGAGCGGGAAGACGGUUCUCGUCAUAGGAGCCGGUGGUUACAGUAAGAGCUUCAUAUGGGAGGCGGCCCGCCAUUACCAGCUGAAAAUAGUCCUUGUCGACGGCGACCCCAACCACUUUGCAUCCAAGAUGGUGGAUCACUUCUUCGCCGUCCCGGAGAUCGCCGACCACCAACAAGAUGAGCAACACUGCGUGCUCAUCUGUGAUUGGCUGAUUGCCUCCGACCUUCACCCGGACGGCUGCGUUUGCUUCUGGGAUGACUGCGUGAUCCUGACGUCGCAGAUCUGCGACAAGCUCCGCCUGAGGGGUCCUCUCCCAGGGGCCGUGGCCAUCGCCAAGGAGAAGAGCAGAACCCACCUGCACCUUCUGUCGCUGACAAAGGCUGCGGGGGUCCUAACCGCGUCCGUAGAGCUGCCCUCUGGUCAGGUGGAUAGCCAGGCUGACGGGAAGGACAGAUACAAACCAGGAAUGAACGGCUCAGAAGGGGAAACCUUAAGAGCCCUUGCCGAAUUUGGUGCGAGGGAUUACCUCACUGGCUCCGCAGACACGAUCGAGAGCACUUGCACACAUUCCUUAUUGGUUGCUUCCCCACGCUUCCCGGCACACGCUUCCUCCCCUGCCCCUGAUGAUCCAUUCCAUCCAUGCGUUCCCCUGCUCUCUCCAUCUCCCAGCUCCUACGCGGUGCCCUGCCUCCACGUGGAGAGCGUCUCGGACCUGAAUAAGGCAGCAGCGCGAGGCCUGGGCCGACCAGGAGCCGCUCAGAAAGGGGCCGUGAGGUUUCCAGCUGUGAUGAAGCUGGAGUACGGUGCGGGUGCCGUCGGCGUCAGGAAAGUAAAAUCCCUGGCCGAGAGCGUCGCCCAUUUUGAACGAAUCGGAGGUGACCUGAAGGAGGAGACGGACCACCCGGGCAUCGGGCUGGGCUGGGGGAACGCCAUGACCCUGAUGGAGUACGUAGGCGGCACCGAACACGACAUCGACGUCGUCAUAUUCAACGGCCAACUCGAGGGGGCCUUCGUGUCCGACAACGGCCCCACCCGACCCCCGACCUUCACCGAGACCACGGCCCAGAUGCCCUCGGGACUGGCCCCGGACAAGCGUGGCCAGCUGAUCAGGGCGGCCUACCACGCCUGCCUGGGCUGCGGCCUGCGCGACGGCGUGUACAAUGUGGAGCUGAAGAUGACGGAGCUGGGCCCGCGCCUGAUCGAGAUCAACGCCCGCAUGGGGGGCUUCUACCUGCGCAACUGGAUCCUUCAGCUGUACGGCGUGGACCUCGUGCUGGCGGCCUUCAUGGUGGCGUGCGGCGUGCGGCCCCGCCUGCCCUCUGCCUUAGACCUGCCGGCGGGGGGGCACUUUGCCGGGGUGAUGUGCGUGGUGUCCCAGCACCUCCAGGCCCUGAGGACUACGUCCAGCCUCACCUACCUACGGAGCCUGCACCAGGAAGGAGCCAUCUGCCUCAACGAGCUGGCGGCGGCCGACGAACUCAUCGCAGGGGAGUACGAGGAGCCCUUCUGUAACGUGGCGAUGAGGGACACCUGCGCCGAGAGAGCCCGCCAGCGUCUGCUCGCCCUCUGCCAGGCCCUGGGGCUACACCGCCCCCCACACUAUGACCUCACCUUCUUCCUGUCUGAGUUUAGUUAAUCUGACGAUUUGGAUCUGAGCAAACUGAAAGCGCUCAUUUUGAAUUAAUCGAGAUGGCUGGCUCAAUGCGUUAUUUGCAUCUUGGUAGUGCCUUAUUGGGUUUUAGGGUACAGCAUGUAUGCCGACCACUAAAUGAUUUACUCUCAUGAUAAUGUGUAUUGAUCUAUAGUGAAUAUAAACACGUCUUACUCAUCUGAAUCUUAAUGUAUUGAGGAGGAUUCUUAAGUAAUAGAUUACAGAAUUUUGUGUUCAACAAAUCACAGUGCUGGGAUUCCUGGUCCUUUCAUCAAUUUAUUAAGGGCAACGGCCCUUGUUUUUUAUUCAUUGUUAUACCCAAAUAUAGGCCAAAUAAAAGUUCUAGUAACUAUGUUCCCACUAUCUGUACAACCCAUAAGUGCCUUAAAAUAUGAGUGUAGACAAGAUGUCAUGGUGUCAAUAAAUAUAUUUUUCCAAAUCA